AUGUCUCAUCACGGAAAACGCAAGAGAGAGGAAGAAGGCAAUAGGGCUGAUAGAAUGAUCUACCGGCCGACUCACUACGAAUUCGACGAAAAUAAUGUCGUUGUGGACUUACGCUGCCCUUACACAACCCCACAACUCUCAGAAUCCAUGUAUAGAGAUGCCGGAAAUCCCAAAAGAUCUCGACGUUCCCCAAGUAGUGCCCCCCAGCACCCGAUUCAAUGGCGCGACCACGACGAGGUCGCAAUUGAAAUAGGCAAAUAUAAGCAAACCCUGGCUCUCCACGAUUUGGUGGACGAAGAUAACUUCCAUAUCAUGUUACUUCAUAAAGAUCGUGCCAUUAUCCAGGGCGAAUUUGAACAGGUGGUGGAUCUGGGAGGCAAGACAAUCCAAUCGUGGGGGAAGGAAAGGACCGCAAGUUUUUUUAUGCUUAGUCUGAUCCAUGGAGAGGACGGGAUUGAACAUCGGACCGAGCGAAGGGACGGGGGCUUAGUGAACAUUCACUACCAAUGUCUCUCAAUGAAUUGGGAUAAGGCGAAGGAAAUGAUGUCUAGGGCAUUCCCUAAGCCGGAUGGGUCGAUGUUGGCAUUGCUAGACAUCAGGCCGGCGGUUACUCCGAGGCCGGAGCCGGGGUACCUGAAGCCUGGGCACCGCCUGGUGCGGAUUGAAGAAGUGCUCUUCUAG